CAACUGGAAGAAGCAUUGCUGUUUUGGGUAAGAGGAGAAGUAGAAGUGAGCAGACAUCAGUUCAGUCAGCUCUGCAACCUGGUCUGUUACACCUCCUUGUUGGCGAAAUGUUUGAUUCUGUUUGGAGACCUGUUAGUUGAAACUCAGUCAGAAAAUCCUGCUGUCAUCAUGGAUUCAUAUUAUAACAAGGCCAUCAAUUUAAUGUCUACGUCGUCGUCAUCUUCCUCUUCACACAUCGUCGAUGUUGAGGUUGAUGCUGUUUAUUCCCUGGCCUCAUACGCUGAUGCUCAAUACAGGUUGAAGAUUGACUACAUGAAUUCGUCUUUGCACGAGGAAAAGUUGAACCUUAUGCAUCAGGCCAAAUUUGAAAUUAAUAGAAUGAACGAACUGAGCCAAACCAAUAGCCGGUAUUACAAAAUGCAAGAAAGACAUUUGCAAAUUGACGAGAGGGAACUGAAACAAAUGAAAGAAGAUUGUGACAAAUUUUUCAUUUACUCAAUUGAAAAUUACUUAAAAUGCCUACUAAAGAGUUCCAAAUAUGAUUCGUGCAUUUAUAGAUUUGUCUCAUUAUGGUUUGAUGCCAGCCCAUCAUGUAACUUUAUACAUAUACUGGAAAACUACCUGCCAAAAGUUCCGACAUACAAGUUCGUCCCACUCAUGUACCAGCUGGCUGCAAGAAUGAAUCUCGACAAUAACAAAUUUCAGUCAUUAUUGCUUCAAUUGGUUGAAAGAUCUUCACUGGACCACCCACAUCAUGUGCUGCCCAUCGUAAUGUCUCUGGCACUAGCCAAGUAUGAUGAUGUGUACUUCAAACCCGCGAAGGCCGGCGCUAAUCAUAUCAAGAAAAAUUCAGAUGAGAGAACAAUGGCAGCUCAAAAUGUCAUCUCCAGAAUCAAACAAUACAAGAAUAUGUCCAAAAUCGUGAAUGAUUUAGAAAAUUUGAACAAGGCUUACAUUGAAUUAGCCUAUUGGAAUGUGGAUAGAUUCAAAGAAGAUUCUAAGCCGAUAAAAUUAAAUGACAAUUUGUCCCUGAAAAAAAUCCGAUCAUUGAAAUGUAUUGCGGUCCCUACAGUUCAUUUUCCAGUUAAUCCCGGUGCAAAAUAUAAAAACUUUGUAUAUGUGGAGGGUUUUGAGGGAACAUUUACGCUGGCUGGUGGCAUCAACCUACCAAAAAUUAUAACGUGCAAGGGCUCAGAUGGCAUAUCUAGAAAGCAGUUAAUCAAGGGAAGGGAUGAUUUGAGACAGGAUGCUGUGAUGCAGCAAGUUUUUCAAUCUGUCAACUCUUUCCUCAAGAACGAUGCGGAAUCAUCAAAAAGAAAUCUGCUUAUCAGAACAUAUAAGGUUGUGCCUUUGUCUCAGCGCAGUGGUCUGCUUGAAUGGUGCAGCAACACGACAACGUUUGGUCAUUACUUGAGUGCAGAUGGGCAUGGAGCUCACAUGAGGUACAGGCCUCAAGAUCUAAAACCCAUGGAAUGUCGUAGAAUGAUGACUAAAGCACAGAGUGAGACAAAUGAUCAGGUAAAACUGAAUACUUAUCUGAAAAUAUGUGAGAGGUUUCAACCAGUUUUCAGGCAUUUUUUCUUUGAAAAUUUUGCUUCCUGUGAUGAAUUGUACCACAGGAAACUUGCUUACACCAGGAGCGUUGCCACGAAUUCGAUUGUUGGUUACAUCCUCGGUCUUGGAGACCGUCACGUUCAGAACAUUCUCAUUGAUUUGAAGACAGCUGAACUCAUCCACAUAGAUUUUGGUGUGGCAUUUGAGCAGGGUUGGAAUCUGCCGACACCUGAAACCAUCCCGUUUCGACUGACUCGAGAUGUUGUUGAUGGCAUGGGAGUUGUUGGAGUGGAAGGAACAUUCAGGAGAUGCUGUGAGAAGACAAUGGUUGCCCUCCGUGCAAACAAGCAAGUGUUGCUGACCAUUCUUCAAGUGCUCCUGUAUGAUCCGCUCUAUGAUUGGUCUAUGUCCCCAUUGAAAGCUGAGCGACAUCAACCAUCCACCAACUGCACAGACAUCCCCUCAAGCAUUUCCACUGAAAAUUUCAAUUUAGAAUCAUCUGUUUUCACCGAUAAGCCCGAUGUUCGAAACAAGAUGGCCGAAAGAGUGUUACUGAGAUUAAACCAAAAGUUAUGUGGUUCGGUAGACGGCAUUCAACUCGGUGUUCAGGGACACGUCAGUAGACUUAUUCAACAAGCAAUAGACCCCACAAACUUGUCCAAACUAUUUCCAGGAUGGCAACCUUAUCUAUAA